CUGAAUUCACCGUAACAACGGCCGCGCUGAACAAGAUGGCUGAGCGUCGGCUAGCGAGAGGCUGAGAAGACAGCAAAUUAAUUCCAUUUUUAGCCGGGGAAACAGCUGUUUAUAGCCGAGAACUCUAAACUAUCAGGAAAAUAAACGCUCCGUCUUGUUAUGCUUAUACGUGCGUGUAUGCAGGGCUUAUUUCGUAUAUGAAGCGAAGGGGGUGUCCACCCAGCAUCACCCUGUGAUAAAGUCCUAUUAAUACAGUUAUUUUUCCUCUUACGUGAAGAGACACGAAGACGAAGACACAGAGCUGGCAGUAGCUUUUAUAACCGCAGAAAGAGAUGUCACUGCUGUGUGUUGGAGUGAAGAAAGCCAAGCUAGAUGGACCACAAGAGAAAUUCAACACCUAUGUGACACUUAAGGUGCAGAAUGUGAAGAGCACCACCAUUGCUGUGCGAGGCAGUCAGCCAUGUUGGGAACAGGACUUCAUGUUUGAGAUUAACAGGCUGGAUCUGGGACUGACGGUGGAGGUUUGGAACAAAGGCCUGAUCUGGGACACCAUGGUGGGCACCCUGUGGAUCCCUUUGCGCAACAUUCGCCAGUCCAAUGAGGAAGGACCAGGGCAAUGGCUGACCUUAGACUCUCAGGUCAUCAUGGCUGAAAAUGAGAUUUGUGGCACAAAAGACCCGACCUUUCACCGUGUGCUUCUGGACACCCGCUUUGAGCUACCUUUAGACAUUCCAGAGGAGGAGGCUCGCUACUGGGCCAAGAAACUGGAGCAGCUAAAUGCCAUGAGGGACCAAGAUUAUUCCUACCAGGAGGAGCAUGAGAGACCACUUCCAGUGCCAUCAACACAGUGCUGUAACUGGAGCCUAUGGGGGGACCAGCAAAAUGAUGAUCCAGACAGCGCAGUAGAUGACAGAGACAGCGAUUACCGCAGUGAGACGAGCAACAGCAUCCCUCCUCCCUACUACACCACGUCUCAGCCCAACGCCUCCAUGCACCAGUACCCCAUCCGACACAUGCACCACAGUUCCCGCUAUGACGACAUGCAUGACUAUGACUACGAUAAUCAGAGAGCCAUGAGCCCCACAGGCUCCAGCCGCUAUGCCUCCUCGGGUGAGCUGAGCCGUGGCAGCUCCCAGCUGAGCGAGGAGUUCGGCCCCGAGGAUGGUGAGAGCUUCCGCGGUUCAGGAGAGUUCUACGACGAGAACGAUUCCUACCACUCCUGCCACUCCUCGGUCAGCUACGGCAAAGACUCACCUGGCUGGGACCCAGAUGAGCCUCAGGGCGUCUAUAGUGAUGAGGGCAGCUACAUCAAAGAUGGUGGGGAAGAAGGCGCUCUGUACGAGGAUGAAGAUGGAGAGAUCUAUGAGCAGGAGGAAGGGGAUUACCCCUAUGAGGAAGAGGAGGAGGGAAUGGUCUAUGAGGAGGAUGAAGAGUACCCUCUGGACGGCAUGCUCAGCGAGGACCAAGAUCUGCCCUACACGCCCACCCCAACCAGCGUGGCUCCUUCGUUGGCUCCAGAGAUCUCCAGUAGCCGGCCACCUCUAGAGAAGCAGACGUCUCUGCACCAGCAGCAGCCCCCACAAACCCAGCCACCAUUCCAGCCCACGGAGCUUCACACGGAGGCUGUGCCAAAGCAGCAGAGCUUCGAUGAUUUUAGCAAACCCCCCAGCCCACCCCUGGACUCCAAGCAGGAACCCUUUGCCCCUGCAGCACUUCCACAGACACCUCCAGCAAAGCCCAUGGAGGAGCACCAUCCUCCAGCUGAGCCUUCAGCCACUGAGCACCCACCUGAAGCCCUGCCUGAGAAAACCGAGGCUCCCCCAGAAAGUGUGACGAGGCGUGAUGAGCUGGUGGACCCUGCUGAGAGGGCCAAAGCUAACUGGCUGCGACUCUUCAACAGGGUGCGCCUUCAACUGCAGGAGGCCCGGGGCGAAACUCCUGGACUGGCAUCACUGUUUCUACAAGCUGGGCCUGGAGGAGCUCUGUACAGCAUAGACAGCAUGCCUGACCUGCGCAAACGGAAGGCCAUCCCUCUGGUCCGAGAUUUGGCAAUGUCCCUCGUUCAGAACUCCCGCAAGGCUGGAAUCACCUCAGCGAUGGCCUCCAGCACUCUCAACAAUGAAGAGCUGAAGAGUCAUGUAUAUAAGAAGACCCUCCAGGCUCUUAUCUAUCCCAUCUCUUGCACUACACCCCAUAACUUCGAGGUGUGGACAGCCACCACACCCACCUACUGCUACGAGUGUGAGGGGCUGCUGUGGGGAAUCGCACGGCAGGGCAUGCGCUGUACAGAGUGUGGGGUUAAAUGCCAUGAGAAGUGCCAGGACCUGCUGAACGCUGACUGUUUGCAGAGAGCGGCAGAGAAAAGUUCUAAGCAUGGUGCAGAGGACCGCACACAGAACAUCAUUAUGGUGCUGAAGGACCGCAUGAAGAUCCGAGAAAGGAACAAGCCAGAGAUCUUCGAGCUCAUCCAGGAUGUGUUUGGAGUAAUUAAGGCCACUCACGUCGCAACGAUGAAGCAGGUCAAACAAAGCGUCCUGGAUGGAACAUCCAAGUGGUCAGCCAAGAUCAGCAUCACAGUGUUAUGUGCCCAGGGCCUCCAGGCCAAGGAUAAGACUGGCUCCAGUGACCCCUACGUCACAGUGCAAGUGGGCAAAACCAAGAAAAGGACUAAGACCAUCUACGGCAACCUUAACCCUGUGUGGGAUGAGUCCUUCAAUUUCGAGUGCCACAACUCCUCAGAUCGAAUCAAAGUGCGAGUGUGGGACGAGGACGAUGACAUCAAAUCACGUGUGAAGCAGAAGUUCAAGCGAGAGUCGGAUGACUUCCUAGGGCAGACUAUCAUCGAGGUGCGAACACUGAGCGGAGAGAUGGAUGUCUGGUACAAUCUGGACAAGCGUACAGACAAGUCUGCUGUGUCAGGAGCCAUCCGCAUGCACAUCAGCGUGGAGAUCAAAGGAGAGGAGACGGUGGCUCCUUACCAUGUCCAGUACACCUGCCUUCAUGAGAACCUCUUCCACUAUGUGACAGACCUCCAGAAUAAUGGUGUGGUGAAGAUUCCAGAUGCUAAAGGGGACGAUGCCUGGAAGGUCUACUUCGAAGAGACACCACAGGAGAUUGUGGAUGAAUUUGCUAUGCGUUACGGAGUGGAAUCUAUUUACCAAGCCAUGACACACUUCGCUUGUCUGUCAUCUAAGUACAUGUGCCCUGGAGUUCCUGCUGUGAUGAGCACUCUGUUGGCUAACAUAAAUGCCUACUACGCCCACACCACUCAGGCCACCAACAACGUCUCUGCCUCCGAUCGCUUUGCUGCCUCCAACUUUGGGAAAGAACGCUUCGUCAAGCUUCUGGACCAGCUACAUAAUUCACUGAGGAUUGAUCUCUCAAUGUACAGGAAUAACUUCCCAGCCAGCAGCCCUGAGAGACUGCAGGACCUCAAGUCCACUGUGGACCUACUGACCAGUAUUACUUUCUUCAGGAUGAAGGUCCAAGAGCUACAGAGCCCACCUCGUGCUAGCCAGGUUGUGAAAGACUGUGUGAAGGCCUGUCUCAACUCCACCUAUGAGUACAUCUUCAAUAACUGCCACGAGCUCUACAGCCGCGAGUACCAGACUGACCCGUCAAAGAAAGGUGAAGUUCCUCCAGAGGAGCAGGGUCCAAGCAUCAAGAACUUGGACUUCUGGUCUAAACUGAUCACUCUCAUUGUGUCCAUCAUUGAGGAGGACAAGAACUCUUACACCCCUUGCCUUAACCAGUUUCCCCAGGAGCUGAAUGUUGGGAAGAUAAGUGCAGAAGUCAUGUGGAAUCUGUUUGCCCAGGACAUGAAGUAUGCCAUGGAGGAGCAUGAAAAGAACCGCCUGUGUAAGAGCGCUGAUUACAUGAACCUGCACUUCAAAGUGAAGUGGCUCUACAAUGAGUACUGCAAAGACCUGCCUUUCUUCAAGAGCCGUGUGCCGGAGUACCCAGCGUGGUUUGAGCCUUUUGUCAUCCAGUGGCUAGAUGAGAAUGAGGAAGUUUCUCGAGACUUUCUGCAUGGAGCUCUGGAAAGGGACAAAAAAGAUGGAUACCAGCAGACUUCUGAGCAUGCUCUUUUCUCCUGCUCAGUCGUGGAUGUCUUUUCCCAGCUUAACCAGAGCUUUGAGAUCAUUAAAAAGUUGGAAUGCCCUGACCCACAGAUUGUGGGCCACUACAUGAAGAGAUUUGCAAAGACAAUAAGCAAUGUUCUGCUCUCUUAUGCUGAUAUAAUUUCCAGGGACUUCCCCAAUCACUGCACCAAGGAGAAAGUGAAUGCGAAAGAUGGCGCUAUAAAGCCUUGUAUCCUGAUCAACAACAUCCAGCAGCUCCGAGUUCAAUUGGAGAAAAUGUUUGAGGCCAUGGGGGGCAAAGAUCUGAAUGUUGAGGCCAGUGACAUCCUGAAGGAGUUGCAGGUGAAGCUCAACAAUGUGUUAGAUGACCUGGCAAGGAUCUUUGCAACCAGUUUCCAACCCAACAUAGAGGAGAACGUGAAGCAGAUGGGAGAUAUUCUGAGCCAAGUGAAAGGCACGGGCAAUGUUCCAGCUAGCGCAUGCAGCAGUGUGGCGCAGGAUGCAGACAACGUGCUGCAGCCUAUCAUGGACUUCCUGGACAGCAACCUGUCACUGUUUGCUAAGAUAUGCGAAAAGACUGUUCUGAAGCGGGUGCUAAAGGAGCUCUGGAAGCUUGUUAUGAACACCAUGGAGAAGACCAUUGUUUUGCCACCUCUAACUGACCAAACGAUGAUAGGCAGGGUGAAGCUUGCUUGUCACAGUGAUGGUACGCAGCUGAUCUUCAAUGCAGCUAAGGAGCUUGGCCAGCUUUCCAAGCUGAAGGAGCACAUGGUGCGUGAGGAGGCCAAGGCCUUAUCACCCAAGCAAUGUGCAGUCAUUGAGUUGGCUCUGGAUACCAUCAAGCAAUAUUUCCAUGCUGGAGGAGUAGGACUGAAGAAAACCUUCCUGGAGAAGAGUCCUGACCUGCAGUCUCUCCACUAUGCCCUGUCCCUCUACACACAGGCCACUGACAAGCUUAUCAAGACCUUUGUCCAGUCACAGAAUGCACAGGUUCAUGGAGGGAAGGGGGUGAGGUUCACCCAUAGCGAGGAUGUGUACCCCGAAAAGGGCUCCGGUGUGGAGGAUGCAGUGGGAGAGGUGUCCAUCCACGUGGAGAUCUUUACUCAUCCCAACACUGGUGAACACAAGGUCACAGUGAAAGUGGUGGCUGCAAAUGACCUGCGGUGGCAGACAUCAGGAAUAUUCCGGCCCUUCGUGGAGGUCUACAUUAUCGGCCCCCACCUGAGUGAUAAGAAGAGGAAGUACGCCACCAAAUCAAAGAACAACAGCUGGGCUCCCAAAUACAAUGAAACAUUCACAUUCACGCUGAGCAACGAGGUGGGGCCAGAGUGUUAUGAGCUGCAGGUGUGCGUGAAGGACUACUGCUUUGCACGAGAGGACCGGACGGUGGGCAUGGCCGUGCUGCAGCUGAAGGAUGUGGCGGCGCGGGGCAGUGUGGCCUGCUGGCUUCCGCUGGGCAAGCGCAUCCACAUGGACGAGACGGGCCUGACCGUGCUGCGCAUCCUCUCACAGCGCAACAACGACGAUGUGGCCAAGGAGUUUGUCAAGCUCAAAUCUGACCAGCGCUCGGCGGAGGAGGGCCGGGGUAGUUAAGAGAAGGUGCCAGUUAGAGAAAGGAAGCUUUGCAGCGUUGUGAAAUCACUGCCCACCUCUUCUUUCUUGUAGUGUUGCACUGACACAGACACCUAAAUGCACACAAACAAACUACACAGAGCAGAUUACACUCUACCACCCCAACAAGGACCAAAAAUCAUUUUGUCCGUUGGAUAGUAAUGCCUAGGACACUGCCAUAACCUGCCAUAAGGCUUGUCUGACAAGCACAGUUUGGCACCUAAAAAGAUACAGGCACAAACCCUUGUAUCUCUUUAAUACUUGAUGUUUGUGAUGUCCUUGAUUUUUAAAGUUAUCAUAUUAUACAAAACAUCAUUGUUGAAAGAUAUUUAAAGAAUAACAUUUAUCUAGUCAUUCAUGCAUAUAAGAAAUAUAUUAACAUUGCAGAUAUUCUAUCAAUAUAAAAAAGAUACAAUUGUCUAACUUCAUACUGAAAGACAUAUAUAUGGAUCUUUAGGUUCUUUUUCCAAGUGCAUUUGGGAAGAGUAGGAAGCAGAGAUAUGACAGUCUAAGUGAAAGCAGGGUUGCUACAUGUCGUACCAUUGAUGCCUCCCACCUCCCCUUUUCAGAUCCCUCUUCCCUAACGUCUGUUAAUGAUGUCUGAGACUCUAUGGAAACCUCUUUUGUAACUGCCUUGUUCAUUUUGUCAAUCAUUUGUGCACCUCCUCAUGGGUGAUCUAUGUCAGGGUAUUUCUCUUUUGCUCUCAGUGUGAUGUCCUUCUCCUCUACUACUGAAAGGCACACUCUUUAAUAGGGCCAAAACCUCCUGUGGUUCAGCUUUUGGAAAAUUAUGCAAACUUUUAGAUUAAGCACAAGAAGACUAUUAUCAAAUGAUACACUGGCUUGCAGUGCACAUACUGUGGACCAAAUACAUCUCACAAAGAAGAGACUACAUUUCUUUUACACCCCUCAUGUAAUGAUGUGAAUGGAAAGAUGGCAGUGACUUGGCUCCUCUCAGUAAUAUCAGAGAAUGUGUAAUCUAGGCGUGUCGAAUAGUAUAAAGUACCUUCUCUGAUCUGUGUCUUUCACUUAAAAUGCUAAUGUACAAUACUGUACAAAAGUCGGAGACCACCCUUUAUUUAUUUAAUUGUCUGUCAAAACAGCCUUUAAGUUCAAGUUAUUAAUUUUUUGGAGUGAGGAUAAAAUCAGAAAACGCAUUACUUAUUAUUAUUUAACAGAAAAUUUUGCAGAAGCCUCAAUAACUAAGCGUAAUAGCACGUUUCUGUGUUCAGUGUCCAUCUUUUUCCUUUUUUACAGCUUCCAUUCAUUUCAUGAGAUUUGCUUUCAGUUUUUCAAGAAAUCUGCAGGGAUGUUUUUCCACACCUCCGAAGUUUAGUCUUAGAAGUUGGUUGCAUUUUCUGCUUCUCAUGUUCCACGUAAUCCCUAAGACUUUCAGUGAUAUUAGGGUCUGGACUCUGGGGUGGUCAGUCUAUUGUUCUGAGAACACCGUCAGCUUCUUUGUUUGAUUUACAAAUGAUGUUCUUUUUGUCUGUGUGCUUUUCUC